AUGACGCAGGUUGGUGAAUGUCUUAUGGCAGCCAGCCUGCCGACACAUCUUCUUUCGAUGAAGGCAACAACAAAAGUAGGAACUUGGAAUGUAAGAACUAUGUAUGAAACAGGGAAAGCAGCUCAAGUAGCAAAUGAGAUGAAGCGCUACAACAUUCAAGUACUAGGAAUAUGUGAAUGUAGAUGGAAUGGAUCCGGCCUGACCACAUUAGCAACUGGAGAGAAGAUUGUCUACUCGGGACACGCCGAAGAGAACCAUGACCACACAGAAGGAGUUGCCAUCAUGAUGUCCCCUGCAGCUGCGAACGCACCCAUGGAGCGGCAGCCAUGCUAUGCCCCCACUAACGAUGCUGAUGGAGAGACAAAUGAAACAUUCUACGACGCACUGCAAACAGUAGCAGACGAACUACCCAAGAGAGACAUCAAGCUACUGUCGGGUGACAUGAACGCCAAGAUAGGAAAAACCAACACUGGUAAGAAAUUGAUCAUGGGUACCCAGGCCCUCGGAGAUAUGAACGAAAAUGGCGAACUGUUCACAGACUUUUGUGCCUUCAAUAACCUGGACAUUGGCGACACCACGUUCCAACACAAAGACAUCCACAAAGUAACCUGGAUAUCACCAGAUGGCAAGAAACCAGAUAGACUACAUCACUAUCUCAAGAAAGUGGAGACACAGCCUGCAUGA